CGAGCGCAAGCACGCUCCAGUGAACAUGGUUCGCAAAGCUAUGGCUAUCCUGGAGUGAUCUUCUGUCGCUAUGGGUUUCCUCGAGGAGGCUACGCCCAUGCCAUGGGGCGAGAGUACGCAUCACCAUGAAGCCCUGAAGGCCAGUGCGGUGGAGCAGUUCUUGCAGAUCCUUCGAGAUCACGAAGCCCGGAAAGACCCGGAGAUGCUUUGGGGAGAUGAGCAGGAGUAUGCACUGGUGGAAGUGGGCCCUGAUACCAGUGAUGUCCGCUUGAUGCUGAGAGCCAACGCUGCCUUGGAGCAGCUGCGGAAGCGUGCGGAGAGCUACAAGGCCUCGCCUGCGACCUGCGCUCUGUGGAGCCCGGAAAUGGGGAACCACAUGGUGGAGGGCGUUACAAAGCCGCCGUAUGGCUCUGGCUUGGACGAGAUCCUGCUUGUCCAGGCAUCCUUGGCAUUCCGCCGCCGCGAGCUUGCAGAGGUGGCUGCAAGCUUGUCUACCAGUGGCUGGCGCGGCGUGGUGUGGACCUUCGCCAACUUCCCACUCUUGGGCACCGCUGCGGGCCAGGCGCCAGCGGAGCCGGCGACCCCGGAUCGCGAGGACGGUCUGGGCUCUUGCUCUCGCUUUGUGCCCGAUGAGGUGAUCACCCCCCACCCUCGCUUCCUGGCCUUCGUGGCAAACAUCCGCACUCGCAAGGGCGCCAAGACCGCGGCCUUUCUACCUUUGGCAGCCAAUGCCGACGGCAAGCCGGCGCGGACGCAGGAACCUCCGUCGCCAUGGCAGCUGGAGGAGCUGGAGGACACCGACGACCCGGUUGCAGGGCGCAUCUAUUUGGACGCUGCCGCCUUUGGUGCUGGCAGCUGUUGUACCCAGGCAACAUGUUUGUGCCCUUCUCUCAGCGAUGCGCGCUACCUCUACGACCAGCUCUUGGUACUUGCUCCACUCUUCCUUCCCCUGACUGCAUCCUCACCCUUCUGGCGGGGCAUGAUCGCUGCCACAGACACGCGCAUUGAAGCGUUCAGAGAAACCUGGGAUGACAGGACCGUGGAGGAAACGCGGCAGCAGGCGCCGCGGAACUCGAGAGCGGCCACAUCCCCGCAGGUGUUCCUCGCCGACAGCGGGCCGCUCUUGACGAAAGAUUACAAUGACGUGGACGUUGCAGUGCAUGAACCGAGCCUACAGAGGCUGCUGGCGGCUGGCGUGGACGCGCGCCUGGCGCGGCACGUGGCGCAGCUCUUCGUGCGCGACCCCCUCAACGUGUUCCGGGAGCGCUUGGAGCUGGACAAUGCUACAGUGGGUGACCACUGGGAGCAGCUCCAGUCGUCGAACUGGGGCACUGUCCGUUUCAAGCCACCGCCCGCGCGCGCCUCCAACCCUCGCGGCGAGAUUGGCUGGCGGGUGGAGCUGAGGACGGCCCAGGCCACAGACUUUGAGAACGCGGCCGUGGUUGCUAUUGCCAGGGUCUUGGCAGAGGUCAUCCUUGAAGAGCGCUGGGACCUUUACAUGCCGAUCUCCCGGGUCGAGCAGAACCUCGAGCGCUCCGGCGGUGUUGGAGCUGUAUGCCAGCAGCGCUUCUUCUUCCGCGCGGAUUUCUUGGGUCGGGGAGGCGCUGGAGGCGGGCGCAGCCCGUAUCCUGACACCUCAGCGGCGCCGCCGGAGAGCCGCGAGACAGGUGACAGUGUCGCCGACUUUUCCUUGGAGGAGAUCCUCUUCAGCAAGAUUGGGGUGUUCACCCGGUGUGUGAGCUUCAUGCAGCAGCGGCAUCGUGAAGGAAAGUGCUCCGACGACACCCUGAAGCUCUUCUCCAGCUACGUCGAGCUCUUUCGUCGCCGAACCCGGGGCGAGCUACCAACGCCUGCAGCUUGGCUUCGCCGGCGCUUGGCGAAUCACCCGGCCUACCAGGGCGGGCCGGAGCUGCCUGGGGAGUUCGUCCGGGAUAUGGCAACUCUGGCCUCCAGCUUGUCGGAGACUCCCAGGUCAGUGGAGGCUGCCGCUGCGCUGGAGGAGUUGCUUGGGGACUUGGCCGCCUUCGCCUGAAGCGACGCAAUCGAUUGGCG